UGCUGCUGGCUGCUCUCGCGCCGGCCAUAUUGACGGUUGGUUGGUUGGAGCGAGCGCGCGCUGAGCUGUAGUGAGGCGGCGGUGGUGGAUCUGGAUCUGUAGCUGCAGCUGAGCUCUGCUCCUCUCUUCCCCCGAGCCGUUACACGGCAGAGUGCCAACGGGAACACACGGCGACGCCUGAACUCCCACAGCUGGGGGCCGGGAGAGCGCUGUGCCUAUGUGUGAGGCUCGACCUCGGUGGAGGAUUUGUGGUGUGUGAGGCUGGUUCAGGAGCCGCAGUCCUUCGCUAGUCAAGGGCCUACACCAGAGGAUUUGGGCCGUCCUGUGACGAAGGACGUGUUUUCCCUUUUUUUUCCCCCCCUUCCCCCCCCUUUUUUCUUUGGAUAACUGGGAUCAGAGGAGAGGCGGUGAAGAUGCCGAAACCGAUCAAUGUACGGGUGACCACAAUGGAUGCAGAGCUGGAGUUUGCCAUCCAGCCAAACACCACAGGCAAACAACUCUUUGACCAGGUGGUGAAAACAGUGGGUCUGCGUGAGGUUUGGUUCUUUGGGCUGCAGUACACAGACAGUAAGGGCUACACCACGUGGCUGAAGCUUAAUAAGAAGGUGACCCAGCAGGACGUGAAGAAAGAAAACCCUCUGCAGUUUAAAUUCAGAGCCAAGUUCUUCCCGGAGGACGUCUCUGAAGAGCUGAUCCAGGAAAUCACACAGCGUCUCUUCUUCCUGCAGGUGAAAGAGGCCAUUUUGAAUGAUGAGAAUUACUGCCCUCCAGAGACCGCAGUCCUGCUGGCAUCGUACUCGGUCCAGGCCAAAUACGGAGACUACAACAAAGACAUCCACAAGCCUGGCUACCUUGGCAAUGAAAGGCUUCUGCCACAGAGAGUUCUAGAGCAACACAAGCUGACUAAAGAACAGUGGGAAGAAAGAAUACAGACCUGGCAUGAGGAGCACAGAGGCAUGCUGAGAGAGGACUCGAUGAUGGAGUAUCUGAAAAUUGCUCAGGAUCUGGAGAUGUACGGCGUGAACUACUUUGAGAUCAAGAAUAAGAAGGGGACGGAGCUGUGGCUGGGGGUGGACGCUUUGGGGCUCAACAUUUAUGAACACGAAGACAAACUCACACCAAAGAUCGGCUUUCCCUGGAGCGAGAUCCGUAACAUUUCUUUCAAUGACAAGAAAUUCGUCAUCAAGCCCAUUGACAAGAAGGCACCAGAUUUUGUCUUCUACGCUCCGCGGUUGCGGAUCAAUAAGCGGAUCCUGGCGCUGUGCAUGGGUAAUCAUGAGCUGUACAUGAGGAGAAGAAAACCAGACACCAUUGAGGUGCAGCAGAUGAAGGCCCAGGCAAGAGAGGAAAAACACCAGAAACAGAUGGAGAGGGCCCAACUCGAAAACGAAAAGAAGAAGCGAGAGCACGCAGAAAAAGAGAAGGAAAGAAUAGAACGUGAGAAGGACGAGCUGAUCGAGCGACUGAGACAAAUUGAAGAGCAAACGAUAAAGGCACAGAAAGAGCUGGAGGAGCAGACGCGUCGGGCUCUGGAGUUGGAUCAAGAGAGGAAGAGAGCGAAGGAGGAGGCAGAACGGCUGGAGAGAGAGAAACUGGCUGCUGAGGAGGCCAAAGCAGCACUAGCUCAACAGGCUGCCGACCAGAUGAAGAACCAGGAGCAACUGGCUGCAGAACUGGGGGAGUUCACCGCCAAAAUCGCCCUGCUGGAGGACGCCAAGAGGAAAAAAGAGGAGGAGGCCUCGGAAUGGCAGCACAAGGCUAUUUCUGCACAGGAAGAUCUGGAGAAGACCAAAGAGGAGCUGAAGACCGUGAUGACCACGGCAGUGCCAGCAGGCGGCUCGGCAGAGAACGAGCACGAUGAGCAUGACGAGAGCAGUGCCGAGGCCAGCGCAGAGCUGUCAAACGAUGGGGUGGCAGACCAGCGCAGCGAGGAGGACCGUCUCACUGAAGCCCAGAAGAAUGACCGUGUCAAGAAGCAGCUCCAGGCCCUGAGCUCUGAGUUGGCCCAGGCCCGAGACGACACCAAGAAGACCCAGAACGACGUCCUCCACGCCGAGAACGUCAAGGCCGGCAGGGACAAGUACAAGACCCUCCGGCAGAUCCGCCAGGGAAACACCAAGCAGAGAAUCGACGAGUUCGAGUCCAUGUGAGGACUGACCCUCCCACCCCGGCCCACCUCUAUUGCCCACCCUUAAAGCCGCAGUCCUGAUGCCUUUUGGCGGCUGGCUUACAAGCACAGCGUUCGUUUGUUCAUUUUGUUUAUUAUUUAGUUUUUGUUUGUUUUACCUGCCCAUCCCAGACCCUGACCUUUACCCCGAGACUCCUGAGCCUCCCAAAAUAAACCCACUCUUCAGAGAGGCUGGAGGGACAUGGUUGCCACCCCCCCUCCCCUGAUGCUUUGCCAAAGCUCUCGCCGUCUCCAGCCAGCCAAUCAGGCUGCUGCACCUUGUGAAGCUCCUCCUUCUCCUCCUUCCCACACUUACCCCUUACCUGAAGCGUCCAGUUAGGAGCAAGCAGUGUAUCAUAUCUUUAUGAACUUAUAAUGAAUUUAUAAUAUUUUUUGUUUUCUUUAAAUAUGAUAAAGGAGAUACUAAAAUGGAAAAUGUCAUUUUAGACAAAAUCAGAAAAAAAGAAAUUAAGCUUAAAAGAGUGCUUUUAUCAAAAUGGCCAUCAGUUAGUUCGGUUUCUUUCUUUUGUUUAGUUUUUUUGUUUUGUUGUCGUUUGUCCGAGAGCUUGUAUGGCGCUUGUAGGCUUCAUUCACGUUCAGUGUCGUGAGGAUGUCUUGACUUAGUAAAAGCUCAAAAGCUAAGUGUUUCUUUUUUUCCCCUUUUUUUUCUUCAUCUGUUCACUCUUCUUCUUCACUAUUCGUUUUAUUAACACGUCACUUAUAAUUUUGAUGGUUUGAUGGCUUUAGGCUUGGAGGGCAGGUUCUACACUGCAGAAAUAUAUAUUUUUUGUUGUUUGAAAAUUUUAAAUUUCACCUUCACCCCAUCACUUUUUUUUAAUUAUUUUCUUCCUUUUUUUUUUGUUUGUGCACUCAUAGAACUCUUCUUCACAGCAAAGCCCAAAACAUGGCAUCCACAAAUAGGGAGAAGUUAAGACUUAUUGAGAGUUAUUGAAACUUAUAAUAAAACAAAAAAUAAUGCUCCAUUUAUUUUCAAUGUUUUGAGUAUGUCUUGACUUACUAAAAAAAAUCUUCAUUUUUUUCCCCUUUUUUCUUUCCAGCUUUUCUGUAUCUGUCACUCUGUCUCUCUUCCUUUUUCUCUCCUUAUCUGUCUCUCUUCCUCUUUGUAUCUCUCUCCAUUUUCUUCCUCUUUCUCCCUGUAUCUGUCGCUCUCCCUCUUUCUCUCAGUAUCUGUCUCUCCCCUUUUUUCUGUAUCUGUCCCUCGGUCUCUCUUCCUUUUUCUCUCUGUAUCCUCUCUUGAUCACACAUUUUAUUAAAUUAAAAUUAAUUUGUUGUCGUUGAAAAAUAUGAACAUUUUUUUCUUUCUUUCUCAAAUUGGGAGAAAUUGCAACUAAACUAUAAAAACGUAAAAAAAAAAUGAAUGUAAAACAGAAAAAAUAAAGAAAAGUAACCAAAACUCACCAAAGGAUCACCAAAGGGAAGCUGUCGGCCAACUGGGCUCAGACUUUUUUUUUUUGGAGUACUGUCAACUCAAAUUUGGAGAAAGGUUACAGCGCAGUAGUUUGUUUGCGAGCACAUUUGAAUAUUUGAAUAUUGCUACUUAAACUAUGAAAUAAGUUGAUAUAUAUGAUAUAAGCUUAAAGUCUGAGCUGAGUGCACAUUUCAGAGGCCCUGUGAUGUUAUGAGUACUGGAUUGGGAUUGGCUGUCUGUCGGAGCUCGAGUGAAUAAGGUUUGAGGAUUAAGUUGAGAGAUAAUUGUUUUGGAGGUACAUCUGUCUGUCUGUCCUCAGUGUUUCAUGUCCAGUCUCCAUAUCGAUGGUUUUCCCUGCCUACCGGCUCACAAAGGCCUAGAGCUCGACAUGCAAACAGACAGACAGAAAGAGAGACAGAGACCUGCUUGAAAGAAUGAAUGUAAAUGAGUGUGAGUGAGCGAGCGAAUGAGUGCAAGUAAAGCAUAAUGGACGAUUGGGGUCAGUCAGUUAGGUGUGUGCGUGUGUGUGUGUGUGCGCGCAGGUCUGCCUGUCCAUCUCUCUGUCUGGCCUGUGUGUAGGUGUAAGCGAUCAAUCAUAACAUUAUGACCACCUCCUUGUUUCUACGUCAUUAUCUAUCUAUUUUCUUUGUUUAGGACACAUUGUAGUCCUAUAAUGACCGACUGGUGAAGUCCUAUAUCUCUUGUGUUUCUCUGUAUUCAUCCUCCUUUCACCCUGUUCUUUUUCAAUCCUCGGGACCCCAAAGGAGGACCACCACAGAUCAGCUAUUAUUAUUAUUAUUAUUAUUAUUAUUAUUAUUAUUAUUUGGGUGAUGGGUCAUUCUUAACUUUCUCAUUCUCUGGUUUGUGCUGGUAAAAAGUGGCUCAGACACAGCAGUGCUGCUGGAGUUUUUAAACACCUCACAGAGUCACGGCUAAAUUGCGAGUAGUUGAUAGGCACUGAUAAAGAAGGACUAGAAUAAAGAAUAAUACCACAUAAGACCAAAAUAAUACCACUGCAAUAUGUGCUGGUCUUCCUGUGGGGUACUGACCAUUUAAAGAACAGGAUAAAAGGAGAAUAAUGAACAUAAAAGCACAAAAGGUAAAGAAAUCUGUGUUUGAUAGAUUUUUAUUGUAAUAAUGAUUCUAACACUUAGCAGCUAAUACUGCUGGAGAACUAAACUGAAAUUUUUGGAACAAGUAAAGUAUUUGAAGUGCGCCUUAUAGUGCAAAGAUACGGUAAUAUACCAAACUCAGACACCGAUGGCCUUUCUGACUGGGGAGCAUAUGAAAACAUCAGUCCUGGCUUCAGGGCGGCUCUCUACCUCAUUACUGUAACAAUGGCGACUGCAGCAUCAAACACAAGGUGUGUGUGAUUUCUGUAAGGGUUGGAGGAGUAGAGUAGAGAGUGACCUUCACUCAGGCGGCAGCGGCUGCGGAGCUUCUUCUAUUGGUUCUGGAUUCUUAUAUCUGGUCCAGAAACCCUGAAAUUAGAUUGAGCAGUAUGAAUUGAGGGCUCAGUAUUAUUACUAUUAUCAUUAUUUAAAGUUGAAACAUUAGAUAUCUGCUGCUUUUACUCAUCCCAUCUCAUCCCAAGCUGAUCCUGUUACAGAUCUAGCUCUAUAUCUACCUUACCAAAGCGUCCUGUCGUUGGUUGGUCCCAAGUUGGAUGGUCAUUAGAAGUGUGAACAUCAAUUCAAUGUUUUGAGGAAGGAACACUGUUCUCUCUCGUUGGCUCUGAUGGAGGACGUUGGAGAAGAAAGUUUGAAACGAGGAAGGUCUUCUCUUCAGUUUAAGCAAGAGAUCAACGCAUGGCAGGUGUAGCAAACUCUGAUGGUAUAUAGAUGUAUAUUUCUAUACCUGAUGAUAUAAAAGGAUGUUGAGCUCGUUCAUCUCACCAUUUUUUUUGUUGUUUUAUUUUUUUCUGUUACUUUAGCUUUAAAAAGAGACAGUAUUUUGUGUGUACGAAGUUUGUGAAGUUCAGAUCCGGUCCCAGCACUGCAACAAAAGAGGUGUGGUACACUUGUUUUCAAAGUUUUAAAACUUUGAAGUGGGAAACUUUAUUUUUUUUUCUUAAAUUUUCUUUGUCACAAAAUGUAAUUCACGCUAAAGAUCUUUUCUGUUGUUUUUGCUUCUUUGUCCUUCUUUCUGUUAGUCCCAUAAAUUUGGGAUGAACCACAAAGAAACAAAUAAAUAUAUAUUAUAAUAAUCCGACAGUCUGGGAAUUGUAUAUACAUACAGAUGGCUGUCAGAUGAUCCGCUCCACUGACGAGCACUCGAUUUGCUAUUGCAAUGUUUUUUUUUUAACCAUGUUUUCAUAAAGGUACUUCAGGAAAAAGUGAAUUACAAUAAAAUAACAAAAACUCCAACAACAUAUCUGGUGCAUAUAUGUAAAAUAUAUAUAUAAAUAUAUAUUCCCUAUUUUCAUGUUACCAUCAUGUUUUGCAAAGAGAAAGCAGGCCAAUCAAGUUCAAGCAAGUGUUUGUUUAACUCUGUUUUGUUUUACUUUCCUUUCUUUGCUUCUCUUCUCCUUCAGACUUCAGAUUUGAUAACUUUGGGGGAAAAAAACUGGACUUUCGUUUUGUAUUUUUGCAAUGUUUUUUUUGCGCUAUUUUUGUGCUAUUUUUGUGCUAGCAAAGGCAGUCAGUGGCUGUUGGAAGUUUAGAUCUGACCUUAGAAAAAAAUAAAAUAAAAAUGAGUAAAUAAAUAACAAGUCAGUCUCUCUAAAGGAGAACGGGUCAGUCAGUAGCAGUUGUUUGGUUUGGUGGUUCGGACACUAAUGAGCUAAAAAAUAAAUAAAUAAAAAAAGAUGGGAUGUGUAUCGCCAUAGCCAGAAAAACACUGUGCUUCCAAAAUGUGUUUGUGUUACUUUUUUUUGUUUUGGAGAUUUUUUUUCGAAUUUGUUUCGGGAUUUUAAGCACCAGCGUUAGAAUGCUAGACUUUACUAAACGAGGAGAGAAAGAGGAUUGCUACCUUAAAACAACCAUGGUAUAAACGUUGUUGCUUGAGUUAUUAUUGUUCUUUUUUUAAGUAGCUAAGUUAAUUUUGUUGUAUAUGUUUAACGGAUUGAUAUUGGCCUGCUAGUGUUGGAUUGAUGGGAAAAAUAUCCAGAGAAAAAAUGCUGCUGCUGCUUCUGGAACCAGCUGUCAUGUUUGCUGUUUUGUUUUAUUUUAUUUUUUUCCUGUUCUGUUUCUAUAGCUUUCUGUUACAUAGAAAUAACACAGUGAAGCUUUACCCAUGACUACAUAUGUUGGUUCAAAAAUAAAGAUGAAAUAUGUGUA